UCGCCGAACGUAUACUCCGCUCAGUGCUCGAACGCGCGUAUUUCUGUCGAGUACGAUUAACUGUUUAGUUACGUAAAUAAAACAUAUAGAUCAUCUUAAAAGUAUAUAUUUUUUUUACGCUGAGUAUAUUUUUAAACGCGACUUAAAAUAGUCUAUAGUCUAUAUUGGAAAACAAGCAAACUAUAAUUGUAGAAGCGUACGUAAAUCGAACGUUAUUAAAAAACUUUCUUGAAAAAUAAAAAGAAAAUUGGAUUCUGUGCAACAAGUAUCGUGAUUAAUCAAUCUUGGAGAAGAAAACGGUUUCAAGCACGAUCUUUGACGACGUUUCUUGAUUAUCUUCAGGAUGAAGUUUGGCCACACGAUCGAUGAUUCGCGGAAGGAAUACCCGGAAAUCACGGACGAGCUUUUGGAGGAUUUGCAAAAAUGGGCGAAAGAACGAGGCCUCCCCAGAAUUCCCGAUGAGCAAUUGGCAUUAUUCGCGCAUAGUUGUUACUUUGAUGUGGAGGCCACAAAACGAUGCAUGAACGUUUAUUAUAGGAUGCGAGCCACGGUUCCGGAAUUUUUUAGCGACAGGGAUCCCAGUCUGGACUAUCUACAACGUUCUUUGAAAGCCUUGGAAUUUGUGAUGCUUCCCAAGCCUGAUAAAAAUGGUAACCGGAUAAUUUUUCAUCGCCUGGCGGAUUCGCGGCCGUCCAAGUACGUAUUCAACGACGGCGUCAAGCUGCUGAUGAUGUCCGUCGACGCGAGCCUCUACAGGAACGGUUGUUCGGCGGGAUACAUAUUUCUUUUCGACAUGGCCGGCGUGCGACUUGGUCACCUGACCAGACUGUCGAUAAACAGCAUCCGCAAGUUCUUCGAGUACCUUCAAGAAGGCAUGCCGGUGAGGCUCAAAGCCAUGCACGUGCUGAACGCGGUCUGGUUCAUGGACAAGGUGCUUGCGCUCAUCAGGCCGUUCAUGAAGCGAGAGCUUUACGAAAUGCUUCAUCUUUACACGGGUGACGUCUCCGACGUGUAUCCACAUGUACCGCCCGAGUGUCUACCGAAGGACUUUGGUGGGGAAUUGGACUGUGUUGCAAAUCUUCAUAAAGCGCACUGCAUGAAGUUGGAUCAAUUGCAGAAAUAUUUCCGGGAGGAGGAAGCGCUGUUUCGUAAUUAUUCGCCUGACAAUAUGACGAGUCCCAAAAUUAUGUCGGACACUAUCGAGGAUCUAAAAAAUUGUCACAACGGCGAUGACGGCUGAUGCCCAAUCUUACGUUAAAAAAAAAUAACGUUAGUUGGUUGGUGCAUAAUGUAACAAAUAGCGUAAGACACUUAUCGUAUGAUGUACAGUUAAAUAAAGAUACAAUCGCGUGGCGUCA